AUGGUGGUAGCAUCAGCUUUCUCAGCGCCACUGAGCUUCUCAUUCGCUUCUUGCCACAGAACCUCUUCUCUUCAUUUGUUUUCUCUCAGAAACCCAUCGUCAAAGUCCACAGUCUCUGCCUUGCAGAGUCCGUACGGCGAUUCGUUCACAGCUGGAUUAUCUAGUAGAAAUUGUGGGUCACCUCUAAAGCUUGACGUGAAGGAUUUUGGUGAUACUAGUACAAGUUAUGGUGCAAUAGAAGCCAGAAAAGGGAAUCCACCCAUACUUCCAGCUGUGAUGACCCCUGGUGGACCUUUGGACCUCUCAUCUGUAUUGUUCAGGAAUCGCAUAAUCUUCAUUGGGCAGCCAGUCAACUCAUUGGUGGCUCAACGAGUCAUAUCCCAACUUGUUACUUUGGCUACUGUUGAUGAGAAUGCGGAUAUUCUGGUAUAUUUGAACUGCCCUGGUGGAAGUACAUACUCUGUGUUGGCAAUUUAUGACUGCAUGUCUUGGAUCAAACCUAAGGUGGGAACAGUGUGUUUUGGAGUAGCAGCAAGCCAAGGAGCACUUCUUCUUGCUGGUGGAGAAAAGGGAAUGCGCUAUGCGAUGCCAAAUGCGCGAAUCAUGAUACACCAACCACAGAGUGGAUGUGGGGGUCAUGUGGAAGAUGUGAGGCGCCAAGUGAAUGAAGCAGUUCAAACUCGCCAGAAAGUCGACAAUAUGUAUGUUGCUUUUACUGGCCAAUCUCUAGAGAAAGUGCAACAGUACACUGAGAGGGAUCGUUUCUUAUCUGUUUCUGAGGCAAUGGAAUUUGGGCUUAUUGAUGGCGUGUUGGAAACAGAAUAUUGA